AUGCAUCGUAUAUUUGGUAGUUCGACUAAAAAACAAGUGGCGCCGAAUUUAACAGACACGGCGGCGAGUAUCGAUUCACGCAUUGAAAGUAUUGAUGUUAAAAUAUCGAAACUCGAUGCUGAACUCGUAACACUUAAGAAUCAAAUGAAAAAAAUGCGUGAAGGACCAGGAAAAAAUCAAAUUAAACAAAAACUUUUAAGAAUUUUAAAACAAAAACGGAUGUAUGAAAAUCAACGAGAUCAACUCUCUCAGCAGUCUUUUAAUAUAGAACAAACUAAUAUGGCUAUACAGGGAAUGAAAGAUACCCAAACGACGGUUGAUGCGAUGAAAAUGGGUUUGAAAAGUAUGCAGAAGGAGUAUAAAAAGAUAGAUAUCAACAAAAUCGAUACAUUGCAAGAUGAAAUGGAGGAAAUGCUUGAUAUGAAUAAUGAAAUUCAAGAAGCGAUGUCACGGCAGUAUGAUACGCCUGAUAUUGAUGAAGCUGAUCUAGAAGCAGAACUGGAAGCGUUGGGUGAUGAAUUAGAACUGGAUGCUGAAGGGUCUUAUCUAGAUGAUGCUUUAAGUGCCCCAGGCGUUCCGUCGAAAGAACCCGGAGCAAUGGAAGGCGGUAUAGCGGUUGACGAGUUUGGUCUGCCUAAGGUACCAGCACAAAAUUAA